GCCUCUGCAGCACGGCUCCAGGUCCCCUCCGAGCGUCGCGCACAGCUGGGAGGCGAGAUGCUCACUGUGGUGACCAGACAACCUUGCGGCCAAGAAGGCCGAAAUACCAUCCGAAUCCCAGUCAUCAUUACCACAGUGGUCUUGGCCGUGAGCAUUGUAGUGAUUGUAAUUCUCACAUUCGUCCAGGCUUUCCAUAAAGUGGUUGUCUCUCCGGAACCAAAGCAUGGAAUCGUGCUGGAUGCCGGGUCUACCAGAACUACAUUCUACGUGUAUCAGUGGCCAGCGGAGAAGGAGAAUAAUACUGGAGUGGUCAGCGAGACUUUCAGAUGUGAGGUGCAAGGCCCUGGGAUCGCCACCUAUGCCCAGAACCCUGAAGAAAUCCCCAAAAAGUUUGAUAAAUGCACGAAAAUGGUCCAGGAUCACAUUCCAGCCCACUUCCAUAACUCCACCCAACUUUACCUGGCGGCCACGGCUGGGAUGCGACUACUGAGGUUGAAAAAUGAAGAAGCAUCUAAUAAAAUCUUAGCAACCAUCGCAAAAUACUUCAAGUCCCAGUCCUUUGAUUUUCGGAGUGCUGAAAUUAUUUCUGGGGAAGAUGAAGGGUUAUAUGGAUGGAUUACAGUCAACUAUUUAAUGGGAAAUUUCCUGGAGAAGAACCUCUGGAAUAUGUGGGUACAUCCAAAUGGAGUGCAGACCACAGGUGCCCUGGAUUUAGGUGGUGCCUCUACCCAAAUAUCCUUCGUACCAGAGGAGCAGAUGCCAUCAGACACCAAUGACAGCAUACAAGUGUCCCUCUAUGGCUAUAAGUACACACUCUACACACACAGCUUUCAGUGCUAUGGCCGGAUGGAGGCUGAAAGAAGGCUUCAUGCAAAGCUUUUACAGGAGUCUGCGUACAAACGCAAUGUCAUCAAUCCCUGUUAUCCUCGGAAUUAUCAAUUCAAUUUCACUCUAAAGGAAGUAUUUGACAGCCCAUGCACAGCCAACAUGAAGCCUAGCAAUUAUAAUCCUAAUGAUGUUGUGAUUUUGGAAGGAACUGGGGAUCCAUUACAGUGCAGGAACAAAGUGGCUUCCCUGUUUGACUUCAAAGCUUGUGAUGGCAAAGAAAGCUGUUCCUUUAAUGGAGUUUAUCAGCCCAAACUUAAAGGAUCAUUUGGGGCCUUUGCAGGAUUCUACUACACAGCCAAUACUUUCAAUCUUUCUGGUAGUUUCCCCCUGAACACCUUCAACUCAAGUACCUGGAAUUUCUGCUCAAAGGAAUGGAGUCAGCUCCCAGGUCUGCUUCCCCAUUUUGAUGAGAUGUAUGCCCGCUCCCAGUGCUUCUCAGCCCACUAUGUCUACCACUUGCUUAUGAAUGGAUACAAAUUCACUGAGAAGAGCUGGCCUGACAUACAAUUUAUAAAAGAAGUGGCAGACAGCAGCAUCGCCUGGUCUCUCGGCUACAUGCUCAACCUGACCAACCAGAUCCCAGCCACGUGCCCCCUGAUCCACAUGGCCCUGCCGCAGCAUAUUUUUGUAGGCAUCAUGGUCUUCUUUGCAACGAUGGCCUUUAUGUGUCUGUUGUUUUUCGUGUACCUUUAUGUAUCAGCCAGGAAGCUGAGCAGCUCUCAGGUUGCCUUCAACAGCCCCACGAAUUCUGCGUGAGCUUUGAGGAGGUGCACUGUAGCCCGAAGGAGACCCAGCCUGAGUUCUAGCAGGCAACGCAAGUGAAACAUCUUCAGGAAUUGCAGCUAAAGUUAAAUACCCAGGUCAUGUGCCUCUAAGAUAAGGAUGCCAAAGCUCCUUUUGGGGAGUCCUUAGCUGCCCUGAGCACUUUGCUCCUCCAGGAACCCCACCCACUUGCUGACCUAUUGGGGAACAGAGGAGAGACCUCAAGUUCAGGUUUUUUAUUCCAAGUGGCCAUGGGGAAGAGAAGCUGAAAAUAUGACAGUUUAAUGUUGAAGAAUUGACCUCAGGACUCAGUUUGCACUUUUCAUCCCUCAGUAUUCCUCUUGGUGAGCCUGGAAACUGAUAGACACUCCUAGAGCCUUUGACCCAGUCACCUGCUCAUAUCCUUGUGCUGGUCUCUAAGUAAGCAACAUUAACACUUCCAUCCAUGCUGAACUCCCUUGCAUUGGCACAAUAUAGUGUCUAGGCGAGAAGAUUCUUUUGACCAUGGACAGUGGCCUCCGCCAGGCUCCUGCCAUGCAAGUAGAACCUGAAGGAUAGAAACACACAGAAAAUCUCAGAAAAAUGCUGCCAUUUCUAAGCUGGGUUCCUACUGGGGGCUACGGUCACUACAGUCCACCUGCGUGCGUCAUCCUGUCCCCCCCCUUGCGUCACUGUGUCCUCCUAUGAAGCACACUUACGCCUAGUGAGGCUGCCACGUUCCAGAUUGGGUUUUGUUUUGUUUGUUUUCAUUUUUGUUUUGUUUGCCUUUACUGGGCUGUUGCUGAAGACCAUGCUUGCGUUUAGCCAUGUGUCUGUGUUGCCCGCUGUUCUCACGGGAACCUUCGAUGUGACAUCUUCUGCUGUGAUUUACUUGCCAAUUGCUUUUCUGGAUCAUCUGCUUCUUUUCAUAGUAGUCAUACCUCCUGACUUUGAGGAAAGAAAGGAAAGCUGUAGAGGUAUUUUAACUUCAAAAAGGGGUAAGAAAGACUUCUGGCAAGUCCCCUGGCUACACAAACUGAAAAUGAACAUUAUUUCAGAUUGGUGUUGUUAGCUGAAUACAGAAUAAAGUAUUAU